GCACCACCCCGCUACAAAUAAAGGGGUUGGACCCUCUUCACGAGCAACUCAAUCGCACACAAUCCGCUAAUCUUUUCACCCUCUCCUCUUCCUCAACUCACCAUGGCCGUUCCUAAUCGCCGACCCAACUUCGCUCGACGGCUCCUCCACGCCGCCUUCGAUCGCGAAGAGCAAGGCCUUCCUCCUAUCCCACAAGGACAUUCUCAUCACACCAACCCACCCUAUGACAUCCCUCUCCCUAACGGCAGCGCGAGCACUGCCCAGCCCAUGCCGGCUCCUCCAACCAACAUCCCAACACACGGCCCCAUGCCAACAGCACACAUGCCCGCAAACAAACCCCCUCUCACCAUCUCCACGACACAAGCCAGCUCCCUCAUCCCACCCCAAGACAAGCUCCUCGUCUUCCGCGCCCUCACCGGCAUCGACAGCAUCCCCGCCCUCAACACCCUGCACCACUUCAGUCGCACGGCCCCCAACAUCGGCAUCUACACGCGUGUCGUCGAGGCCGAAAAGUCCGCUGCCACGCGCUACCGCUUCUUCAGCAUCCUCAUCAACGUCUGCCUCGGUAUUCAGAUCGUUGUGGCCGCUGCCCUAACGGCUCUCGGCGCCGCCAGUGGUCCCCACUCCGCCGUGACGGCCUUUGGCGCCAUCAACACCAUCAUGGCCGGCGUGCUGACCUACCUGAAGGGCUCGGGGCUACCGGAUCGCUUGAAACACUAUCAGAACGAGUGGCGGAAUAUACGGGAAUAUAUCGAGCAGCGCGAGCGCGAGCUGUGUCUGGCUGGUUGUUCGUUAGAUAUUCAGGACGAAAUCCAGUUCAUCGAGUAUAUGUAUGAGGGGGUCAAGAGGGAAAUUGAAGCUACAAAGAGCGGAGAGAAUCGUUCGAAUGCUAGAGAGGGAUUAAAUCGCCGGGCGUUCUUACCUAGACAGGGAGGUCAGGCACAACAACAUCCCCAGGGAGAGGGACACCACGACUACGGCUACGGCCACCAGGGACAACAGCCGCAGGCGUACCCACACCCAUACCCACAGGCACCGGCUCAGAGUCAGACCCAAACUUACCCGCACGACCCGCGGAUGUCGAGUCCAAUGCGGAGUCCGGAGCCUGUCAUCUUGGAGAAGACUCAUUAGACCCCAGCCACGGAGGGUUCAACGCAUAUUGAUAUAUGGAUCAGAAAUUUU